AUGUACAUUCUGAUUCAAGACAUUCAAUCCACAUCUGAAAUCAGAGUCAAUUGGCCAGCUACUUGCACGGAAAUCAUGGUAAAGAUUCAGGCAAGAUGCUCAGGAGUAGCUGUUCCCAACCAUUCCGAUGGUUUACAUGCACAAGCUCACUUUGUGAGGUUUUCUGUCGGUAUGACACAUUUGGACUAUUUGUUGGAACGUGUUUAUUUGGGAGUCAUACCCGAAUCGACAAUAGGCUCAAUCACACUGAUUGCAAUCCUCAUCUCACUAGUCAUAGGAUCAUUUGCAAAAGCUCUAUCCUUGUUGCAGCGAUCGACAUCACCAAACCUCAAGACUGAAUAA